AUGCAAUAUUUAACACAAGAACAAGCAAUUAAACUUGAUGAAGAAUUAAUGGGAAAAUACAAAUAUUCAUUGGUACAACUAAUGGAAAUAGCUGGGUUAGCUGUUGCUCAAGUUGUAACAAAAGAAUAUCCAAUUGAAAAAGGAAAUAAGAGAGUUUUAAUACUUUGUGGACCAGGAAAUAAUGGAGGAGAUGGGUUGGUUUGUGGGAGAUAUUUAUCCUUAUUUGGAUAUGAAGUAACAGUUUUUUAUCCGAAACAAUCAAAAAAUGAACAUCUUCAACUUCUUAUUAAACAAUUAGAAAUUCAAGAUAUUCCAGUUGUUACAGAACUAUCUUCAUUUGAGUAUGAUGCUAUAGUCGAUGCAGUUUUUGGAUUUAGUUUUAAAGGACCAGUUAGAGGAAUAUUUAAAGACAUUUUUAGUCAUAUUAAUUCAUUGAAAGUUCCAAUUAUUUCAGUUGAUAUACCAUCAGGGUGGGAUGUGGAACAAGGGUAUCUUCAAGAUGGGAUUCAACGAUGUGAUGUUCUAAUUUCUUUAUCUGCUCCAAAAUUAGGAGUGAAAAACUUUAAGGGAAUUCAUUAUUUAGGAGGAAGGUUUAUUCCUCUGGAAUUAAAAGAUAAACUUCAUUUAAUUCUUCCUUAUAAAGAAAAUGAAUUAAUUGUUAAAAUCAAUUGA